GGUUCGCCGUUGCCGCCUCAUAACUUGCACUCCUCUUCCUCGCCCCUACCACGUUCUGGCUUCCUCCAUUCGUGAUGUUUUCCCUAAAACCCCUCAAUCCACGAAAUAUUUUCCCUAAAGACCUUCACCGCCCUCAAUUUCUCUCUCCUCCCCGUUCCAAUGCCUUAUCCUUCUUCUCGUCUCCUCCAAAAUCGCCGACGUUAUUACACAUCGGCCCAGUAAAAUAUCAGUUCAGCACCGAUAACUUCUUACAGAACGACAAAGACUCUGCCUUUGAGAAAGAGAAGCAAGAAGAGAUCCAUGGCGACGAGGAGAAGGCGAUCAACGGGAUUCACGUGCCGAGGCAGAAGUACAUCUCUGUUCCCAAGGCGGAACUCCUCAAUGAGAUUCUCGAGUUGUUCGAUUCCAAGGAGGAUGCUGAUGAGUUUGCUCGCCUCUCUGUGUGUUUGGACUCGAUUCUUCAUGCUGAACAUAAAGGUAUCCUGGAGAAGAUGAGAAUGUAUUAUUUGCUUCCCCAAUCCAGUGAGGCAACCAAUGCCUCUGUCAGACUGGAGGAAGCUAUAUCUAUGGAGCAACAAUUAGCCAUGGAACAUGAACCUUUACCAUCAGAUUCUAUAGGAAUAAACAAUACCAGAAAGGGGCAAGACGACAAGUCUCAGUACUUUAAUAGUAGCUUGGAUCUGAUAAAGCUGGUUCGAUCAUUUACACGUAGAACCUCUUCAAGUCCUGUAGUCGAAUCAAGAGCUGCUAUGCCCCCUGAUUUUCAGCAAUCAUUUAUGAAACUUCUGUCCGAUGCUCAAUUUGAAGAAUUAUCAGCCCAGGAUUUGAUGUUGACAUAUGCAUUAAACAGUGACUAUCUAUUAACACUUCCAAUAUACGUUGACUGGAAACGGGCAUCAGAGUCAAAUGCAAUAAUAUUCAGGCGUGGAUACACAACUGAACGGCAAAGAGGUUUACUUAUAGUUGAGAAACUUGAUUACCUACAAUCAAAGAUUUUACAGGAGAUUUUCUUCAGUCUGUCAAGGCCAUUGAAAUCAAUUGGUCGCUGGUUGAACAAGGUUUUGAAAACCUCGAAUGAGGGACACAAAUUGGAGAAGUGGAUUGAAAAAGUGAAGCUUUGGCUUAAGGAACAAUAUUCAUUAGAAAAUACUUUACCAUUUGAUGAAAGCACAUCUGGCGACCAAAUGCACGGUGAUCAGACACCAGAUAAGGACCUUCCUAUUUGGCUUGCUGCCCAAAGGGCAAUCCCACGUUAUGAAGGUUUUUUGUCAUCUGUUGGACCUCGUGGUAGACUUAUACGGAAAUUUCUUAAUAGGAUUGGGCUACUUCCUUCAAACUCUGAAGCACCAGUUAUUCUGGACAGUAACUCCAAACAUUCAGAACUCUAUUUGAGGCCAAAUUUCCUACCAAGAAUAACACUUAGCAACAUAUGGAAACCAGCUACGAAGGAAUCUUCUGGAAAUAAUAUUUGGAAUACGUUGAGAACUUCUAUUUCAAUUUUGUUUUCUCAAUCAACUCUUCAGGAGCCAGCUUUCCAAGAAUUGAUUCUGCUUUACAAUGAAGAAACAAGUCAAAGUGGAACUGAAAAUAGAGUGGACGCUCAGCCCUUGCAGCUGAAGAUAUAUGAAAAGAUACCAAUUCCAGAUCUCUCAGUUAUUUUUCCUCACAAAAAGCUGUCUUUUCGAAUUCUUGAUACAGUGCGCUUGGAUAUUGCAAGUAUAUUAGGGUUAUUGGCAUACUUUGUCAAUUACAAAUUUGAGAACAUCGCCUCAUCCCCGUCAGCGAUUUUGCUUGAUGUGAUUGCUAUCAGUGCACUUGUAAUAUAUAUGAGUCGAGUAGCUCUGGGUUACAAGCAGACUUGGGACCGGUAUCAACUUCUUGUGAACAAGACGCUUUACGAGAAAACUUUAGCUAGUGGCUUUGGUUCAGUUUACUUUCUUCUGGAUGCUUCUGAACAGCAACAAUACAAGGAAGCAAUUCUAGUUUAUGCACUUAUGCUCCAUUCUGAGAAGUAUCAGGUUUCAUGCCGUAAUACAAUUGGAGACGCAUGUGAGAGGUUCAUAUAUGAUAAGUUCAACAAAAAGAUUGAGAUGCCAAUCGACAAGGCUAUUAGUACACUGCUACGCUUAGACCUUGUCUCUGAGUUUCCUGUAGAAGAGAGCACUGAACUGAAAGUUGUACCUUGUUCAAGGGCACAUGUUACUUUAAAACAACGUUGGGACAAAUUACUAUCACAGGAAACGUAAUAUGUAAUGCCUGUACUUUUUAGCUUUUUCCAUAUAGACAUCUUCGAGAAAGAUCCCUUAACCAAGCCGUUGGGCUCAGGAUGUUAUUUAUUUUUAUUCAGAUAUUGUGGAAUUCAGCUUAUGACCCCUUGAUGAGAUUCAAGUGCUUCAGGGUGGUCUGACUAAAAAUCUUAUUUUCUACGAAAAGAUAUAGUAAAGCAUCACUAUAAUCGUCGGAGAAAAAAAAUCUGAAGAAACGGAGUAUCUUGUGGUGGUCUUUUUAGCUUCCCAGCUGGAUGGAUGUUAUUUUCAGAGAAGGCCUUUGACGAAUACCUUCAUCAAACCUUGGGUCGGAAGUCUUCGUUGGUAGAGUGAAGCAUUAUAACUUUUUCACUUGUUCGGUGUGAAACUUUUGUAUGGGUGACUUAUCUAUGAGCAAACUUGUAAUCAAAUAAGGCUUUAGCGGGAUAACUCAGAGAGAAGGGAGUGGAAGACCUAAACACCUUUUUUAAGCUUUACAAAGUUUUGACACCUUUUCGCUGUUUA